AGAAGAAUGAUUAUGUGACCAUACAAACGAUUUAAAAGGAAGAAGAACUUGAUAUUUCAAUAUUGUUGUUUAUUCUUGUAAAGCAUAUACCCACAACAUUGUAGUUUCAAAAAUGGUGAUUGAAAAUAAACGCAAAGCAGAAGAUUCGGCCGUUGUGCUAGUAUCUAAAAAGCAAAAAAAUGAAAUCGCACAAAAGAACAAACAAAAUUCAGUCUUACAAUCGGCGCCACCCAGAACUUCAAAUUUAUUUGCACCUAUUAUGCAGUUAGAAGGACACGAGGGAGAAAUAUUUAGCGUAGAAUUCCAUCCAGAAGGUCAAUAUUUAGCUUCAGCUGGCUUUGACAGAAAAAUAUUUAUGUGGGCGGUUUAUGGAGAAUGCGAAAAUGUAUCAGUUCUGUCGGGCCAUACGGGAGCUAUAACAGAAUUACAUUUCUCAACUGACGGAUCGAAUAUGUUCACAUCUAGUACAGAUCACACCUUGGGUCUAUGGGAUGUCGUAACAUCUCAAAGAAUAAAAAAAUACAAAGGACACACAACAUUUGUAAAUUGUGUACAAGGUGCAAGAAGAGGUCCUCAGUUAAUGUGUUCCGGUAGUGAUGACAGUACUGUACGUAUUUGGGACGUGAGGAAAAAACAGAGUGUCUCGUCGAUAAAUACAACCUAUCAGACAACUGCUGUGUGUUUCAGCGAUACAGCAGAACAGAUAUUCAGUGGAGGAAUUGAUAAUGAUAUUAAAGUAUGGGACGUUCGUACUAAAGAACUUUUAUAUGCAUUGAGAGGUCAUACUGAUACUGUUACUGGUCUAUCUUUAAGCAACGACGGCUCUUAUCUUCUUAGCAAUUCAAUGGAUAAUUCUAUUAGGAUAUGGGACGUACGGCCUUAUGCACCUGUGGAUAGAUGCUUGAAGGUUUUUAGUGGACAUCAGCAUAAUUUUGAAAAAAAUUUAUUGAGAUGUGCUUGGUCACCUGAUGGUUCAAAAGUAACUGGUGGAUCUGCAGAUAGAUUCGUAUACAUUUGGGACACAACUUCCAGAAGAAUAAUAUAUAAAUUACCUGGUCAUAAUGGGAGCAUAAACGAUGUAAAGUUCCACCCAAAUGAACCCAUUGUUGUUUCAGGAUCUAGUGAUAAACAGUUGUUUUUGGGAGAAAUUGAUUCUUAAGUUAAUCUACUUAAUUAAAUAUUUUAUAUAAUAAA